AUGCUUAGCCAAGUCAUCAUGAACAAGAAAUUCUUCCUAGUCUUGGAUGAUGUUUGGGAUGCGCAAGUAUGGGAUGAGCUACUGAGAAAGCCCUUGCAUAGUGGUUCGGCAGAUAGUAGAAUUUUGAUAACAAGUAGACAUGAAACCAUUGCUAGACAGAUGGGAGCAGUAUACAUCCAUAGUGUGGAGAAGUUGUCUCAAGAGGAUGGUUGGUCAUUAAUUUGCAAGAUGGUGUUUGAGGAAUGUGAGAAAGGAGACAUGCAUGUGUUAAGUGAUGUCGGGAUGAGAAUUGUAGAGAAAUGUGAUGGCCUUCCGCUUGCUCUUCGGACUGUUGGAGGGGUUCUUCGAACCAAGGAGAAAAGGCAUUCAGAAUGGGAAAAAGUCCUCGCUAGUCCAGCAUGGUCUUUUACGAAACUUCCAAACGAGAAGAUGGGCCCGUUGUACUUGAGUUAUCUGGAUUUACCGCCUCCUCUAAAGCAAUGCUUCACCUCCCUUUCAUUAUUUCCUAAGGACUCCCUAAUUUUUGGGAUAACUUUUGCCAAUAGUUGUAUUGCAGAUGGCUUUGUAACAUCCGAAGACGAUGCGCCCUUGGAAGAUUGGGCAGAAGGGUAUUGGAAGGAGUUGGUGCAAAGGAACCUUCUACAGCCAGAUUCUAAGUGGUAUGAUCAAUUUGUUUGCAGGAUGCAUGACCUCCUGCGGUCUCUAGCUCAACAUAUAGCAGGGGAUGAGUGCUUCAUCGGGGAUGCACGAGCAUUUGAAAACAAGAUCAAGUCCUCUUUAUCGAUAAAACUACGCCGUUUAUCAAUUGUAGAUGGAAACUUAGAAACCAUACCUGACUUGAUAAUGAAACAGACAUCCUUGAGGACCUUGUCAUUCUUUCAUACCCCGCAUAUUCACGAUCUUCCAGAAGAUCUCUUCAGACAGCUAAGAAAGUUAAGGGUCCUGAAUUUAAAGGAAACAGCCAUUGCCAAUCUCUCAACUUCCUUGGGAGAUCUUGUGCACCUUAGACGUCUUGAUCUCUCUCAUACCAAAAUACGAGAGAUACCGGAGAGUAUAGGAAAUCUUAGAAAUCUCCUAUUCCUGAUACUCGAGGAUUGUGAAUAUUUGCACAACCUCCCUAAUGGUGUCGUGUGGUUAAUCAAUCUGAGGGUUCUAGACAUCCGGGGUGCACCACUUGAUGGUCUGCCUGUGGGAAUAGGGAGACUGAAACAACUACGUUCAAUUCGGGGAUUUGUAGCGAAUGGUUGCGAGGGCUGCAGAUCUGGAGUAGGAGAAACUGAUAGGGAGCAGGAGCACAAGGGGCAUCAAGACGAGAGGUUCUGCACCUUGAAAGAGUUGAAAUCUCUCGUCCAGCUCCGGAAUAUUAGCAUGGUCAAAUUGGAGAGGGUAUCAGACAGGGCUGAAGCAAAAGCCGCUGCACUUCAAGCCAAGCCCCAUCUUUUCCGCCUACUUCUGAGUUGCACGCUACCGAGCAGCUCUUCUGAUGUGCAGCAGCCUCGUGCAAAUUAUUACGAGGAGGAAGAUAUCAAGAGAAUAGGGGAGGUAUUCGAGGAGCUCUGCCCACCGCCAUGCCUUGAACUGCUUGAAAUCAAUGGCUACUUCGGCCAUGAGUUUCCCAGCUGGAUGAUCACACCCUCCUCGUCAUGGCUCCCUAACCUGCGAAGGCUGGAUCUAAUGAAUUGUGGUCUAUGCCAGCAACUUCCACCCUUGGGAAUGCUGCCACAACUGGAGUACCUCUGGAUUAAAGGUGCUUCUGCAGUCACGAGCAUCGGGCCUGAAUUCAUAUUGCUGGCAGGUGGUAGUACUGGUGCAAGAGGACAGAAUGGAAGAAAAAUAGACUCUUGCUUCUCCUCCUACUUCCCCAAACUAGAGAAACUUGGAUUUGAAAACAUGCCUAAUUGGGAAGAAUGGUGGUGGCGGUGGGAGGAGGAGGACAACCAAGCAACAUCGUUGCUACCUUCUCUUAAGAUAUUGAUCAUUAAUGGAUGUCCGGAGUUGAGGUCUCUUCCAGAGAGCCUCCUCUAUCAUGUCACCGCCCUGAAGACAUUACAAAUUACACGUGCCCACGGCAUGAGAAAUAUACAAAACCUCCCCUCUCUUACAGAGUUGAUCUUGGUCCACAACUCAAGUUUGGAAAGAGUGUCCAACUUUCCUGUACUCAAACACUUGCAUGUUGAGGAUUGUGAGGAAUUGAAGGUUGUGGAGGCUGUGAAUGCCGUGGAGCACAUACAGCUCGAUGAUCGAGAAGCAGAGUCUCUCCCAGAGUGGUUAGUAGGUGCUGGUGAAGAACAACCACGCUUCCCUUCCCUCCACAAGUUGACUCUCUCCAACAAAAUCUAUCGCCAAGGACUGCCCGAUUGGCCUCUGAUCUGA